ACAGGAAGAUGGAGGAAAAUCAUAACAUUAGCCUUUGUUGAGUUUAAGUUUCUGCAACAGCUUUUCGUCUUAUUUCGAAAAAUGUGACUCAAUUAUCAGUAAAGAAAAUACUAUACAAAGCAGCAAUGGGUAAACUGAAAUGUUUUGAGAUAAUUUUAGCUGGCAGUAAAUCAGUUUACCAUCCCGGGGAGCGAGUCCAAGGCAGCGUCAUAGUUGAGCUGAAGGGCGAUAUGAAAAUGCGUUCACUUCGAAUUUUUAUGAAAGGUGUUGCUAAAGUACAUUGGACUGAAUCAAGAAGUACAGGGAGUCGUCUUGGAUCUUACACUGAACACUAUAAUGCAGAGGUCGAAUAUUUCUUCAAAAGACAAGUAUUGUUUGGAGGAGAAGUGGCAGAUGGACGGGAUACUUUAACAGAUGGACAUCAUGAACUGACAUUUGCUUUUGAUUUACCAAUGGGUGGUAUUUCUACAAGCUUUGAGGGAAAACAUGGCAGCAUACGAUACUGGUUGAAAGCAGAGAUGGAUAAACCUUGGUCUUUCAAUCAUAAAACCAAAAAAGCCUUCACUGUUAUAAGUCCUAUAGAUAUUAAUCGUCCAGAAUAUCAGGUUCAAGUAGAAAGUAGUGUAGAAAAAACUCUUUGCUGUUGGCUUUGCACAUCAGGUCCAAUCUCUAUCACCUCCAGAACAGACAGACGAGGAUACUGUCCAGGUGAAUCCAUAGCUAUAUCUGCAGAAUUUGACAAUCACUCAUCUCGUACAGUUAUACCAUAUGCCACUCUCUAUCAAUCUCAAACAUUUUUUGCCAGCGGGAAAUCACGGAUCAGACGAACUAAGUUUACUGUUCUAACAGGUCUUCCUGUUGCCCCAGGCACUAGAGGCUCAUGGGACUCUCAGCUGUUAAAGAUACCUGCUGUCACCCCCUCCAUCAUCAAUUGUUGUGUCAUGAAAGUAGACUAUUAUGUCAAGGUUGCUCUUCAUAUAAAUGGUGCCUAUAAUUUAACCAUGCAUUUGCCUGUGGUGAUUGGCACUGUGCCUUUCAGACAAGCUCCAAGCUAUAGAUAUACAGACUCACGAUACUAUAGAGAAACACAAGCCCAAUUUGCUUCCAUGAGUCUUCUGCCUGUACCACCACCUUACAGAGAAAUGAUAACCCCCCCUCCACCAUUUGAUGACCCACCAACUUAUGCAGAAAGUAUAGGCGGUGCUGUAAAUAUUGAUGAUGAAGAGGAUGACAAUGAACCUCCAGGCUCCAACAUGGGAGAUCUGACCUACACACCAAUGUAUCGUUAUGUUUACAACUACAGACCACCACCAGCAUAUCAUGAGAGUGAUGUCACACAACUGACUCUAUCAACCUGCAGUGAUGAAGAUUCUUGACCAGAGUAGCUGUAUGUCUACAACAGCCUUCAGCUCUAUUCCCAUCCCAUCACUUAGGAGACAUCUUCAACCAAGUGUAAAGAGUGCAAGUGAGUCUGAACCCAGCUCUAAUCAGUAUUAUUAGAUCCAAUUGAAGAAUUCCAAUGUGGCAUCAAAUUUCACUGUUGAAUCUCUUGAGUUUUUCUUUUUUAAUGAGCAGCAAUUUUUUUCAUUUCUUUUAUCCCUGCCUCACUUAAGAGCCAUUUUUUUAGCAUUUUAGGGCAUAACUCAUUCAAAAACAGGGUGGUGCUCUACAAAGUUAAAAAAAAAAAGAAUACACUAAUGGAACCUAUCAAAAUCCUAAAUCAAAGCAUAAAAGAACACAUUUACUAUGAUAUAAGAGUUAAUAUGUAUUAAAUGUGUAACAGUGCUUUAUAAGACUAAAGAGUAUUCAAACUAAAAUCUGGAAAAAAAAAGGUUUCAAAUGCUUUCUUCUGUGCAAUAGUGUGAAUAUGUAUAAUACAAAAAUCGUAUGGAUUAUUUAUUGAAAUAAUUUAUGGAAGAAGUGGUUCUUACAAAGUAUGGUCUUAUUUUUUUUAUAAGCUCAUACAGCUAAAAUGCUACAUAUCCUGUGUUAAGACUUUAAUAAAAAAAAGUUUUUUGAUGUACACGUGUUUUACUCAACUUACAAAUAAAUGUGGUCAGUACCUCAAAUGUGGUGUAGCCAAACUUUUAAUUCAAACAUUUAUGAGUUGUUUGCAUUGUGAUAAUUUUAUUAGCUAUGACAGUCAUUUGUUUGUGUCCUCACACGGAGGUGUGGACUCAUGUGAUUGUGUC